AUGGCUGAUGAAAACUACACAAGGGUCACCGAGUUUAUUUUUACAGGCUUGAAUUAUAACCCCCAGCUACAGGUCUUCCUCUUCCUGCUCUUUCUGAGUUUCUACAUCAUCAAUCUAACUGGAAACCUGGGCAUGAUUGUUCUGAUCAGAAUUGACUCCCGCCUUCACACACCCAUGUACUUUUUCCUCAGCCACUUGUCCUUUGUGGACAUCUGCUUCUCCUCAGUUGUGAGCCCCAAGAUGCUCAAUGAUUUCUUUAUGAAGAGGAAAGUCAUCUCUUUCUUGGGUUGUGCCUUACAGCAAUGGUUUUUUGGGUUCUUUGUGGCAGCAGAGUGUUUUCUAUUGGCAUCCAUGGCCUAUGACCGCUAUGUGGCCAUCUGCAAUCCAUUACUAUAUUCAGUAGCUAUGUCCCAGAGGCUCUGCAUACAGCUGGUGGUGGUUCCAUAUGUCAUUGGCUUCAUGAACACCAUGACUCAUACAACAAAUGCAUUCCGUCUCCCUUUUUGUGGUCCUAAUGUCAUCAAUCAUUUCUUCUGUGACAUGUCCCCCCUUCUUUCCCUUGUGUGUGCUGACACCAGACUCAAUAAGUUGGUAGUUUUUGUUGUGGCUGGAGCUGUGGGAGUCUUGAGUGGUCUGACUAUCCUGGUCUCCUAUGUUUACAUCCUCACUGCCAUCCUGAGGAUUUGUUCUGCUGAUGGGAGACGGAAAGCCUUUUCUACGUGUUCUUCCCAUCUGACUGCUGUCUCCAUCCUCUAUGGUACACUCUUCUUUAUUUAUGUACGUCCCAGUGCUAGUUUCUCCCUGAAUCUCAAUAAAGUGGUGUCUGUGUUCUACACAGCGGUGAUUCCCAUGUUAAACCCACUUAUCUACAGCUUGAGAAACAAGGAGGUCAAAGAUGCCAUCCGCAGAACUGUUACUAGAAGGAAAUUUUGCACAACCUAA